AUGCGGACAGCUGUCCGGCUUCACUACCAAAGAAGACUUUUCCUAGAUGAUGCCUGCCUCAUGAUCGCCUGUGCAGCCCUGACUGGAGGGUUCGCAAUGCUUUACCAGUCACUUUACACUCUGUUCCUUAUUCAGCAUUUUGCACAAGAGGGGUCUUCCGCCAGAGAAGAGGCGGCGUCAGCUGGGAUCGAUGUUGCCGCUGAAGUUCACAACUUCCAGAUCCUUGACUUCGUCCAUGAGCCUUUGCUUUGGGUCGUCAUGUUCUCGGUCAAAGCUUCAUUCUUGGUGUUUUUUCGUCAUCUCGUCAGUCGUGUUGAGAAACUUGUCGUGUACUGGAAAGCAGUCUGCGCUGUCAACGCGGUUGCUUUCGCAUUUUGUGUGUGUUAUACCUUCAUUGCCUGCCCGCACACAGAUUCCUCAGCUAGUGAGUAG